GUGCUUGAUAUUUGUUUUUGUAGGUGAAUAUGAAUGUGAUUCUAGUGGGAUUAUUAAAAACCGAAAUCUGACAGUUAGAGAAGCUAGAGAUAUCUUAAAGGAACGAUUGCUGAAGAAUGAACAUUUUGAGGCAGAAGAUUUUGAUAAUUUGUUUGAACAUUCAGUGAAGUUAAUUAAAGAUCAUCCUGAUUGUGGGUUAGAAUGGUAUUCUUUAUCGAGUGACUUUGGAGUAUCUAGCAGAAAGGAUCCAUUUCUUGAUAACAGUGCCUUGGAAGCUACACAAGCUGCCAAAUCAUUUUGGUGUCGUGUACACCACUCUGUUCAUUGGACUGCAACUAAGCUUUUUUUCAUAACUAUUGGUAUACUUGCAUUAGUUGUAGCAUAUUAUGGUUUGACUUUCUGGAAAAGAAGAAGAGAAUUACAAGAAAAGAUGUUUUAUGAAAUGGUUGAAAAAGUUAUUGAUAUUCUUCAAGAUUCCCAGGACAUCUCAUAUCAGUCUGAUUCAAAUGUAGGACCUUACAAGGCUGUAGUGACCAUAAGGGAUACAUUAAUACCAGCUAAGGAAAGGAAAGACAAGCUUUGGCUGUGGGAUAAAGUUGUAGCAUUUAUAGAAGAAAAUGAGUCAAGAGUCUCAGUGGAGUAUAAAACAAUAAAUGGAGAAGAUUUUAAAGUUUGGAGAUGGAACCCUUGCACACCUGCUGAGCAUGAAGGAGGCAAACAAGGAAAAGUUUGGCAGGGCCAAGCUUUCAAUAGUUUAGGCAAAGGAAGGAAUCCAACAUACAGUCCGACACCUUGUUUGAAAAUAAGAAACAUGUUUGACUCUGAAGUAGAAUAUGGAGAUGACUGGCAAAUCAGCAUACGAGAUGCGAUUUUAGAAAAAUGUGAAGGAAAUGAUGGUAUUAGACAUAUAGCAGUGGACACUUCUAGUAAUGAGGUAAGGGAAAUUUGUGAUUUUAAUUCUGCUUAUUUUGUAGGUGUGUACAUGUUAUGCAGCUCCACUGAAGCUGCAGGCAAAGCAUUUAAUGCAUUACAUGGAUGGUGGUUUGAUGGAAAAUUAGUGACUGUCAAGUAUCUUCGCUAUGAAAGAUAUCUGGAGAGGUUUCCUGAAGCUGAAAACUGCGUGGAGCCCUUGAAGCCCUCCAACAACAAGCGGCUUUCUCUCUCAACUCCAUUCUUCUCAUCUGCCUUGGAAAGAUCUUGAAGCUAAUUUCAGCUUCUAUGUAAAAGGGGAAGGAGAAAAAGAACUGACUGCAGAUUUGUUUUAUUUUUUGUGCAAAUUUUUUCUAAUUGUCCUUUUCCAAAUUUUUAACAACUAGCCCUUUGCGCUCCUUGUUCAUUGUCAGCAAUAUGUUCAUAGAAAAAUUGCAUUGAAUAAUAAAAUGUAUUAUAAAUGUU